UGUCAAACGUUUGACAUAUACUUAUCAUUUCGGGCACUUCUACUUAUUAUUAUUAACAAAUUCCUGUUUUCAUGUGAAUCGUGCUCCAGUCCAAACACGGCUGAAAACCAAUCCGGUGGCAGUAGAAAAAAUUUAGAGUACCAGCCGCUUGCAAACCGCUUAAAUGUCACUACACUCGAAAAGGGAAAAGGAAACAGCCGCCACCAGCACGAAAAGCCAUGCCCAGAGCACACGCCACACGAGCGGCAGUAGCAGCACGAAUAAACACAGCCACAAAAAGCAGCUACCCAACGGCAGUCUAAAGGCCAAUUCCAACACCAACACCAAACCCAACCAAAACUCCAACAGCAGCAGCACCAGCAGCAAGGUAUCCAUUAUGCAGGCCACAUUAUCGGGAUUGGGACCGAGAUCGGGAUCAGGAUCAGGAUCGAGCUCCUCCAUCUCCCCGUCCACCUCGUCGUCGACAAACCAGUUGUCGCAGGUACAGGGAAAAUUCCAAAUGAGCAAAAAGGAGAAGAACCAAAAAGACAAACAGCGCGAGAGGGAGCGCAUCGAGCGCGAGCAGUUGGUGCUCUGGCGUCGACCCCUGGACACGUCCAUGUAUUGUGGCCUCGAACUGCUGGCGCUGUUCCGCACUUGGAGCGCAAGAUUGGUGCAGCAACGUCUCCUGCUGGCCGCUUUGAUAGUAUUAGGCAUUUUAUUUAGCAUAACUUACAGAAUCGAUGGACCACAUCAGCUGGCCAUUGAGCUGGUGCGUCGGAACACCUGGUUCUUUGUCUACUGGCUGGGACUGGGCGUUCUCUCCUCAGUGGGACUUGGCACCGGCCUACACACGUUCCUUCUAUAUCUGGGGCCCCACAUAGCCAGCGUCACGCUUGCCGCAUACGAGUGCAAUUCACUGAAAUUCCCGCGCCCUCCAUACCCAGAUGACAUCAUCUGCCCGGAGGAGCCGUACGAUAAGCGAGUGCCCAAUCUGUGGGCCAUCAUGUCGAAGGUUCGACUGGAGGCAUUCCUUUGGGGCGCCGGCACGGCCCUGGGAGAGCUGCCGCCCUACUUCAUGGCCAAGGCGGCGCGACUCUCCGGAUACGAUCCGGACGAUGCCGAGGAGCUGGCCGAGUUUGAGGCCCUGAACGCCAAAAGGAACCAGAAGAACCUCAGCCUGAUGGACAAGGGCAAGCUGUUCAUGGAGCGCGUGGUGGAGCGCAUCGGUUUCUUUGGCAUCAUGGCCUGUGCAAGCAUUCCCAAUCCAUUGUUUGAUUUGGCUGGCAUCACCUGCGGCCAUUUCUUAGUGCCAUUCUGGACCUUUUUCGGCGCCACACUUAUCGGCAAGGCCAUCAUCAAAAUGCACAUUCAGAAAGUGUUCGUGAUAAUUGCCUUCAACGAAACGCUGAUCGAGCGGGCAGUGGAUCUGCUGGCCUCACUGCCCUUCUUCGGUCAUAAGCUGCAAGAGCCCUUCAAGGCCUUUCUCAAAAACCAAAAGCAGCGCCUCCAUCGGCAGCAGCGUGGCACCGGCAAAGGUGCUGCUGUUGGACCCGAUUCGGGCAAUCUGCUAUCAAAGAUUUUCGAGACGUUUGUAAUUGGAAUGGUGUGCUAUUUUGUCGUGUCAAUUGUUAACUCACUGGGACAAAGCUAUCACAAGCGUCUGCACCGAAAGACUCCCUCACCGUCAUCACCAUCACCGGCUCCGGCAACGGCCUCGGCGGCGGUCAAGGCAGUACCAGUGCCUGCGACCACGCCCACGGCCACGGCCACAUCAAAGAAGCAUGCCAAGCAGCGGGCCCUGCGCGAAUAGGAAGCGGAGGCUUCAAACCAAAAUCCCAAGCCCCAAGCCCAAAAUCUCUUGUGUUGAUAGUUUUUCGAGACAUCCUAUCCCCCUCCCGCCUGCAAACAAAACCCGCUUCCCAUCCAAGUUUUAACUUAUUGUACCUUUUUUUUGUUCGUGCCCUUGUUUUAGUCAAAUUUGCAACCAUAAAGUGAACGCUGUGUAUGUAAGAGAUGUGAGGAGGCGGAGACGGCAUCCGGCCGGUAGGGAACGGAGACGGCGCUAGUUCGCGAACUUAGAUUAAGUGCAAAAAGUAACGCAAAAGAAGGGGAACAGCGUAAGGAGCAAUUGAAUUACUAGUAAAAAAUUAAAAACAAAUAUAAAAACAACAACAAAAAUUAGUAUAAAGCUGCGCAUGUACAUACAU